ACAUGCCUCACAGAGGAAUCAGAGACAGAGAGAGAGAAGGGUCCCUGCUUCUGAUCUGAACACAUAAAAUUAUUUUAUUUUAUUCACCGUGUUGGAUCUGAAUCUCUGGGAACCAAUUGUUGCACUAUAAAAUAGAGAGAACCUCGUUUUUCAAUAAUAUUAAAUGCUAGUUUCCUCAUUCCACCAUAUGCAUACCAUUGGCAGAAGCUAUACCUGUCUUGUCCAGCUAGCAUCUAUGGACGCCAUUGUCGGAGCUUGAUCAUGGUUGUCUUCGCUGAAUGUUCUUCCCAAUAGAGGUUCUGUUCUGUACAUUCAUUGCUUACUUGCCUCUCCGGGUAAGUACAUGCAUUUUUCAUGUUCUUUGUUUUCAUUGUUCUGCUUGUUCUCUGUGCUUGUUAAUGAUUUUUGUUCAGCUCCUUGAAUUGCCCAACCAUGCAACAAGUGUCAAACACUGGAAUCAGCAUGGCUUACACUGCAGUUGCCAUGCCUACAUCUCCAGCAGCUACCUCUGCAACUAUGGACAUUGCAAAAGAGCAUAAUGGUCUUCGCCGCUCGCAAUCCAGCAAAGAACUAUGCACACGUUCCAUUAUGCGGAGGUCUUAUUCUGACAACCACCUAUGUUGCUCCAUCAAUCGCAUACAAGCCACAUCAGUGCCGCCAAAACUUAAGAGCAAUCGAUCAAUGGGCAUUUCCCCAUUUCAAUUUUCAGGCUCCAUGCUUCCAAAUUCACUGCGCUCCUUCUUGUUUGACCCAGAAACAAGCAAGGAUGUAAGUGUGGAGGAGAAGGUUGUAAGUAUUGAGGAAAACAUGGUGGAAAGCAGCAAAGAAGAGAUAGCGAAUAGAGCCAACUGGGUAGAGAGGCUUAUGGAAAUCAAGAAACAUUGGAGAAACAGACUGCCGAAAGAAAGCAUGGAUCCAGAUGCAAUAUGCAACGAAAAUACGUAUGAUGAAUGUGAAUGUGAUGGAGAUGGAGAUGACAAUGUUUGUGUGGUGGGUGAAGAUGAAGAUGAGCAGGAAGUGACAUAUGAUUGCGACUCAUUCUCAAACUUUCUGGUUCAAGUACCAUGGUCUGAUACCAAACUAUACUCUCAACUUGCUUUCCUGUGCAACAUGGCCUAUGUAAUACCCCAAAUCAAGGCUAAGGACUUGCGAAGAUACUACAGCCUUCAAUUUAUAACAUCUUCUUUAGAGAAGAAAGUUGAAGUGGCCAAGUUAAAAGUGAAACUUGAUCAAGACUCCACUCGUGUUCCUAUAGAUGACUCGGAUGUCUCAGAGAAAGGCAAAGACAGUAUAAAGAAGCCUCAAAUCAAACUAGCUUAUGAUAUUGCUGCCUCAGCAGCCUCUUAUGUCCAAUUACGAGCGAAGGAUCUCUUACACCGUGCUGCUAAGUCACGAGACACACAACAGACUGAAAAUGAAGAUUCUAAUGGAAGAGGAGACUCACCACGAGAAGAGCUAGAAAGCACUUCGCGAGGUUACAAAUCAGAGGUUGCAGCUUAUGUUGCAGCGUCCACAAUGACAGCAGUGGUUGCAGCAGGGGAGAAGGAAAAACAAGAAGCAGCAAAUGACCUCCAAUCACUUCAUUCCUCACCUUGUGAAUGGUUUGUUUGUGAUGAUCCCGGCAAUUACACUCGAUGCUUUGUAAUUCAGGGCUCUGACUCCCUGGCAUCUUGGCAAGCAAACCUCUUCUUUGAGCCCACCAAAUUCGAGGACACAGACGUACUUGUUCACAGAGGAAUUUAUGAGGCUGCAAAAGGAAUAUACAAGCAAUUCAUGCCAGAAAUAAUGGAGCAUUUGAAGAGACAUGGGGAUCGUGCUAAGCUUCAGUUCACUGGGCACUCCCUUGGGGGUAGUCUCUCUCUUUUGGUUCAUUUGAUGCUAUUGACUAACAAGGUUGUGAGUCCCUCCACUCUUCGACCAGUAGUAACUUUUGGCUCACCAUUUGUAUUCUGUGGAGGCCAACAAAUAAUCAAUGAGCUAGGCCUGGAUGAGAGCCAAAUCCACUGUGUGAUGAUGCAUAGAGAUAUUGUUCCCAGGGCCUUCUCCUGCAACUACCCAAACCAUGUAGCUGUAGUCCUUAAGCGCUUAAACAGCUCAUUUCGGUCACAUCCAUGUCUGCUGAAAAAUAAGCUGUUGUAUUCACCACUGGGUAAAAUAUUCAUCCUCCAACCCGAUGAGAAGACAUCUCCUCCACAUCCUUUACUCCCUCGAGGAAGUGCCUUCUAUGCCCUGGACAAUACUAAAGGUGGAUAUUCUCCAAGUGUUCUUAGAACCUUCCUGAAUCAACCACACCCUAUUGAUACACUAAGUGAUCCAACAGCAUAUGGUUCAGAAGGCACAAUCCUAAGAGACCACGACUCCAGCAACUACCUCAAAGCCAUCAACGGAGUCUUGAGGAAACAUUCAAAGAUUACCGUUGGCAGAAUGAGGAAGCAAAGGAUUAAUCAGUUGUGGCCUCUGUUGACAUCACCAUCUCCACACUCUUGGAGCCAUGAACAGAACUUGGAGAGAUGCAGCUUGAGGACAAAGGAGAUAGUUACAGGGGUUUAAAGAAAAGCCUUUCUUUUGAGGUUCCCACAGAUCAUGAUCAUGAUCAAAUUAAUUAAAAUCAUGGAAUUGAUUAGCAAACUACAUCAUUUUAUUCUAUGUACAUCCCUAAAUAACUAGUGUAGUAUGUAUCCAUUAUUCCAUAUUUGAAAACCUUGUGCAUAUAAAUGUCGAUAAGUCCUAUAGAAAAUAGAACAAAAUUGUCUACUGGUUUUCCAUGAAGCAAUCUAGUACUAUCUUGUUACUGCCAUUGAGAA